AUGUUGAGAGUCGAUUGCCGAGAGUCGAUUGCCGAGAGUCGAUUGCCGAGAGUCGAUGUUGAGAGUCGAUUGCCGAGAGUCGAUUGCCGAGAGUCGAUUGCCGAGAGUCGAUUGCCGAGAGUCGAUUGCCGAGAGUCGAACGCGAUCCCCAGUGUCACCCUUGGCUCUUCCCUUGGUCCUGGUGUUGCCUCCGUUGCGCCUGUCCAACCCUUAUUUCCGGUAAUCCUGGCUGCCUCCAACUGGUCCCUGCUUGGUUUGUCCAGUCUCGCGUCCAACGGUGUUGGUCACAACCGGUCUCCUAGUGGACCAGAGGACGGAUGA